CACACACACACACACAGCAGCAGAGUCUCCUCGCUGUCUUUAGAGAACUCGGACGUGCCGAAUAACAGCCCACGGAUUUCCUUUUUUAUACACACACACACAAACAUAUAUAUAUAUAUAUAGCGAGCGGAAGUGCUUCACACAGCUGAGCUUCACCCCUGAUUGAGGAUCUCUCCCACACGUUCGCCCUCAUCGCUGACAGAAUGUCCAGUGAGGUCCAGCCGAGGCCAGAUGACAGUCCCAAUACGAGCGGAGGCAGUUCUGAUGCCGAACAGAGAGACGUAGCACCGUCGGUGCAGCCUGAGGAAAGGGAGAGGGAGAGAGAGAGAGAACAGGCUCCGCCAAAGAAAAAGGAGGCCAAGUUCUCCAGCAAGACUCCAGCUAAACUCUCUACCAGUGCCAAGAGGAUUCAGAAGGAGCUAGCAGAGAUCACUCUUGAUCCUCCUCCAAACUGCAGCGCCGGCCCGAAAGGAGACAACAUCUACGAGUGGAGGUCCACCAUCCUGGGUCCUCCAGGCUCCGUGUACGAGGGAGGAGUCUUCUUCCUCGACAUCGCCUUCACGCCAGACUACCCCUUCAAGCCGCCCAAGGUGACGUUUCGUACCAGAAUCUACCACUGCAACAUUAACAGUCAGGGAGUGAUCUGCCUGGACAUUCUGAAGGACAACUGGAGCCCAGCGCUUACCAUCUCCAAGGUCCUGCUGUCCAUCUGCUCUCUCCUCACAGACUGCAACCCUGCCGACCCUCUGGUGGGAAGCAUCGCCACACAGUACCUGACCAACAGAGCAGAGCACGACAGGAUAGCCAAACAGUGGACCAAGCGCUACGCCACAUAGACCUUCCCAUGAUACUUCAAAGCUCCAUACCUUCCCCUGUCCCACCCUUAUCCCACAACGAACUGUCCUUCGUUUCUUGUUGACUUGAACGCUUUUUUUAUACAGUGUAUGCAUACUAAGAGCAAGCUGAUCAGGAUUGUACUUUUUUCCAAUACACUGAAUGUUGGCAUGGUCAUCAAAAGCUUUAUUAUUUGUAAUGGUAUAUUGCUAUUAUGACCGUUCUGCUAUUGUUUUGCAUUAUUGAGAAGUGCACUGCCUAAAUGACUGGAGCGCAUUUCAUAUCCAGCGUUUUUCCUUGGGCUCGGCAGUGCGUCCAUCAUCACCGAGCGAGUGGAAGAUGUUCAAGACGAAGUGAUCACUGAAACCUUUUUUUUUUUUUUUUUUCUUUCAUGAAGCGGACAUUCUUUCCCCCAUAAACGAUUGUUUUAACUCGGCUCCCCUGUCUGUUAAGUUGUAUAUGUGGAACACUAUGGCACUGGCCUGUUUAUCUCAAAAUACGUCGUAAAGGUUCAGCAGCCUGCAGCUUGCCCCGCGCAGCCAAUGGCAGUUUGUUGUAAAAUGCACAUAGUGAGAGAAAAUUCGACUGAUACUCUGUAAGUAACUGAGUGAAUAAAUGAUGUGUUGAGCUGAAA